AUGGACCAGUACAGGGUGAACAGUAUACACCAGGAGAGGGUGGACAACAUGGACCAGGACAGGGUGAACAGUAUACACGAGGACAGGGUGAACAGUAUGGACCAGGACAGGGUGAACAGUAUGGAGCAGGACAGGUUGAACAAUAAGGACCAGGACAGGGUGAACAAUAUAGACCAGGACAGGGUGAACAGUAUGAACCAGGACAGGUUGAACAGUUUGGACUACGACAGGGUGAACAUUCGGGACCGAGACAGGGUGAACAGUAUGGACCAGGACAGGGUGAACAGUAUGGAUCAGGAGAAGGUGGACAGUAUACACCAGGACAGCUUGAACAGUAUGGAUCAGAACAUGGUGAACAGUAUGGACCAGAACAGGGUGAACAGUAUGGAACAGGACAGGGUGAACGGUAUGGACCAGGACAGGGUCAACAGUAUGGACCAGGAUAGGGUGAACGGUAUGGACCAGGACAGGGUGAACAGUAUACACCAGGACAGCGUGAACAGUAUGUACCAGGACAGUGCGAACACCAUACACCAGGACAGGGUGAACAUUAUUGACCAGGACAGGGUGAACAGUAUGGACCAGGACAGGGUGAACAGUAUGGACCAGGAAUGUGAGAACAGUAUGGACCAGGACAAGGGGAACAGUAUGAACCAGGACAGGGUGUACAGUAUGUAA